UGCAGAGGGCGGUACUUUUCUGACAUGCAGCAUUUAGCACGUGAAAACAGAUGUCUGCCUUUAGCAAACUGUCAUUUCUCAAACUUAACAAAAAUUGUGCCAAGAGAAGCUGGGGAAAGGCUGUGAAGCUGGGGAGAAUUGCAGCGUCUGGGUCUGGGAGCGCUGGAGCAGUGAGUGCUGAUAGCAGCGUGCUCCCUAGUGCAAGUUUCCAGAGAGCUUUUCUUCUUGCUCUGACACAGCCAAGUCUCCUGCUCCGACACAGAUAUUCCUCCAGCAGCUCCCAGUAACGCUGCUCCACGGAUACAAUGCCAUACCCAGAGGUUCGUGGUCCACCUCAGCCUUCUAGGAGGACUCGCUACUGAUGAAAUCCAAUGCUUAGAGAAGCAUGAGAUGCGGGGCUUUAUCUAAUAUUUUAUCUCAGCUAGAGUGGCUGCUGAACUGCCACUGCUUGGUGUAGUGGUGCUUUACACCACUAUACAAAUUUCUUCAAAGCAAACUCUUGGUAAAAUCCUCCAAUUUCCCUCUGAUUGCAAAGUGGUGUGAAGACUGGAAUGAUUUGCCUGUUGGAAGAAUGUUGACUCUUGAGUGGGAGUCGGAGGGACUACAAACAGUGGGUAUUGUUGUGAUUAUAUUUGCAUCUCUGAAGCUGCUUCAUUUGCUGGGACUGAUUGAUUUUUCAGAAGGUAAAUCACCUCCAAACAGUUCCAAACGCAGCAUUAAAGAGCGACUUAUGAAGCUCUUGCCCUGCUCGGCUGCCAAAACGACAUCUCCUGUUACUCAAAACACUGUAGAAGAUGAAAUGGAAAUGGCCACAGUACGACAUAGACCUGAAGCUCUUGAACUGCUGGAAGCACAGAGUAAAUUCACAAAGAAGGAACUUCAGAUCUUAUAUAGAGGUUUCAAGAAUGAAUGCCCCAGUGGUGUUGUCAAUGAAGAAACCUUCAAAGAGAUUUACUCUCAGUUCUUUCCACAGGGAGAUUCCACAACGUAUGCACAUUUUCUGUUUAAUGCAUUUGACACUGAUCACAAUGGAUCUGUAAGUUUUGAGGAUUUUGUUAUGGGUCUCUCAAUUUUACUCCGAGGGACAGUGCAGGAGAAACUGAACUGGGCUUUCAAUUUGUAUGAUAUAAAUAAGGAUGGAUAUAUAACUAAAGAGGAAAUGCUUGAUAUUAUGAAAGCAAUAUAUGAUAUGAUGGGGAAAUGCACCUAUCCUGUUCUCAAAGAAGAUGCACCUAGACAACAUGUGGAAACAUUUUUCCAGAAAAUGGACAAAAACAAAGAUGGAGUAGUUACCAUAGACGAAUUCAUUGAGAGCUGCCAGAAAGAUGAGAAUAUAAUGCGAUCCAUGCAGCUCUUUGAAAAUGUGAUUUAAUGAAGACAUUAGGUCUCCAAGUAAUGGACAAAUAUGAGCUAUUCUGCAACAUUAUCUAAGAAAUGGAUUUCCCACUUUAUCAUAAAUAAAGUUACUCAGCUUUACACUGA